UACGACGGGGCGACUUUUUGUCAGACUGUAGGGCGGGGUUGGCACGGCGCCUUUCACCCGCUUGAUAUCAACAAAAUGUCCGAACCUUCGGCGAAGAGGCGAGACACUCUUCAAGGUCAAGCUGAGAAUGGCGAAGAGAUUGAUGAUGUACAUAUUGGAGGAAAAUACAUUGUACAGCGAAGUGAUGGAGAGUGGCAUACAGCUGAAGUGUUGCAUUCAAGAAUUAUGAGUCCAAGAAGGACAGAAUACUAUGUCCACUACUCUGGAUGUAAUCGUCGUAUGGAUGAAUGGGUGAGUGUCAGCAGGAUAGACUUGACCAAGAGUCAACAAGAGGUUCAAAACCAAAGUAGAGCUGAGAUAGCAAGCAAGAGUGGCAGUCCCAAAUACUCUGAGAGAAAGAUCACAAGAAACCAGAAGAGGAAACAUGAUGAGAUCAAUCACGUGCAGCAACCAAUUGCAGAGAUGGAUCCAACAACUGCUGCAUUAGAAAGAGAACAUGAAGCUGUGACUAAGAUCAAAUACAUUGACAUGGUCCAAAUAGGAAGGUUUGAAAUAGACACAUGGUAUUACUCUCCAUAUCCAGAUGAAUAUGGCAAACAGCACAAACUAUGGGCAUGUGAGUAUUGCCUCAAGUACAUGAAAUGGGAAAUCUCCUAUAGAGACCAUCUGACUCGCUGUGAGUGGCGUCAUCCUCCUGGAAAAGAAAUAUACAGAAAGGGGACAAUAAGUGUUUAUGAGAUUGAUGGACAAGAUGCAAAGGUGUACUGUCAAAACAUGUGCUUGUUGGCUAAAUUAUUUCUUGAUCACAAGACUCUGUAUUUUGAUGUGGAGCCAUUCCUGUUUUAUGUACUAACAGAAGUAGAUUGUGAGGGUGCUCACUUUGUUGGAUACUUCAGCAAGGAAAAGGAAUCACCAGAAGGCAACAAUGUUGCUUGCAUCCUCACGCUGCCGCCAUAUCAACGGAAAGGCUAUGGGAAAUUUCUCAUUGCAUUCAGUUAUGAACUCUCUAAGAUUGAAGGUUUUGCGGGCUCUCCUGAGAAGCCACUCUCUGAUUUGGGAAAGUUGAGUUACCGCAGCUACUGGACUUGGGUUUUACUUGAUAUAAUGCGAAACUUUAGAGGAUCUAUGUCAAUCAGAGAUCUCAGCAUGAUGACAUGUAUCACACAGGAUGAUAUCAUCAGUACAUUGCAGUCCCUCAACAUGGUCAAAUACUGGAAAGGACAACAUGUUGUGUGUGUGACCCCUAAACUGGUGGAGGAACAUCUCAGAAGUUCACAAUACAAACCUCCAGUUUUAACUGUUGACCCUGCAUGUCUCAGAUGGACUCCCACAGUUCGCAAACUCCAUAAAACUGGAAAAAAGCACUAGUGUGUACGUAGUAUUUUACUUAUACUCUACUACUUCAAGUGUAUAGAAUAUGACAAGAUUGUAAAGUGCACUUUCUGAUCACAUGAUAUUCGUGUU